GCACCAGAGACAGCGCUUUUCCUUUCACCUGAGUAAACACGCAUGCGCAGCGUUCGGGAUCCCUACCUCCCUUUUCCUCUCUCCCUGCUUCUGUCAGUCCAGAACUUGGCUGCAAGCAGCACCCUUCAUGUGGAUGCGACCGGGAUCAGUUGACAUCGCUUUGCUGUAUAUUUGGACAUUUUUUAAACGGGACUUUUGUAUAGGAGCCGCAGCGCCGCUGAGUACGCGCAGUAGGCAUCUUUAGAUCUCGUAACCUGACCUUGGUGUCAUCCGAUGUUUCAAAUGCUAUGACCCAUCUUCAUCCUCGUAACUAUACCCUUCACAAUGGUCAGUUAAUCGGCCCACUGAUCUUACAGUCUGCCUCCAAACCCACCAUCUCCCCUGUCCUCGACUGCCCCACCAGCAGCAGGGAUGCAUGUGAUGGGCAGCGUCUCGCAGGCCACUGGGAGCCAAGAUUUCUCUGUCCAACAAGAGGAUGUAGCUGUUACCGUGACAAUGUCUCUCCCUUCUCCUCCUCGUCCUCCAUCGAGGUAUGCUGACAUAGAAGAUAAGCAGAUGAAAUCACCUGACAUUCCUCCACCACCUCCCCCACCUCCUCCUCCCCUGCUGCCUCUGCCACCAGAGCUUGGACACCCCGCUGGUGGGCUGAAGAAGAAAAGGAGGGUGAGGAGUUUUUUCUGGAAAACGAUUCCAGAGGAGCAGGUAAAGGGACGGCUCAACCUAUGGACUCAAGGCCAAGUGAAACAGAAAUACGAGAUUGACGCUCAGACUGUCGAAGAGCUGUUCGGUCAACAUGACGGUCAAUCAAAAACCCUGGCAACGCCCGCCAGGGGAGGGAAAACCAGCAGCUCAUUUAGAGAGACCAAACAGGAGGUUUCCAUCCUAGAUGCUAAGCGAGGGAUGAACAUUGCAAUUUUUCUCAAACAGUUCAAGAGGUCCAAUGAGACUAUAGUAGAUGAAAUCUGCCAUGGCAACAGUGAGGCUUUUGGGGUGGAGCGUCUGAGAGAAAUGCUGAAACUGCUGCCAGAGUCUGAAGAGGUGAAGAAACUGAAGGCACACCGCGGCGAAGUCUCUCAGCUCUCAUUGGCCGAUUCCUUCAUGUACCGGCUGAUUCAGGUGCCCAGUUACACAGUCCGCAUUGAAUCCAUGCUCUUAAAGGAGGAUUUUCCGGCAGCGUGCGAGGCCAUGAAACGGGACAUUAAGAUCCUUCGCGCCGCCAUCAAAGAAUUAAUGUGUUGCGAGGAGCUCCAUGCUGUUCUCCACCUGGUGCUGCAGGCCGGAAACCUCCUUAACGCUGGAGGUUAUGCAGGAACGCAUGUGGCUGAAGUCACAAAAACAGUUAAAGUGCUCUUUGGUUGUCAGGCACCAUUGGUGAAUGAGAUUCAUCUGAAUUUGAUCAAGGUUCUGGAUGUAGUCGGCUGUGCUGGUUGGCACUCAUUGGCAGGAGGUCAGGGACACUACUUCCGAAUGGGCUACUGGUACCUGGACAACUGCAACCAGAGCUUGGUUCACAUUACAGUCAAUAAGUCAUACUUAUUCCUGGAGAGUGCUGCAUUUGCUGACAUCUCGCACCACUCAGUGGAGGAGAGCAUCCAGAGAGACACAGAGCUGCUGCAGCAACUGGACAGCUUUCUGCAGCAUGCCACAUCAUCUCUCUGCUCACUCCGUGGCAGUCGGCAACAGCUAAAGAGGGAAGGCAGCGAGCUGAUCGACUUUUUCUGCGAGGACAGAGACACUUUCAGGCUGGACGACUGUUUCAGCAUCUUCCACACCUUCUGCUCCAGGUUCACAAAUGCUGUCAAGGAGAACAUGGAGAGGGAGGCGAAGGAGGCGGCUCGUCGUCAGCGGAUACAAGAGCUGGAGGAGAAGAAGAGGCACUCC